GGUUAGGUUAGGUUAGGUUAGAUUCUAUUCUGGAACCAGUGAAUAAGAAGUACAAGUCCAAAUUUCCCAUCCCCUUUGUGGAAAACAAAGUGGAAAUUUUUCUUGACUAAACAUCUGGGAUAGAUUAUGGAGGAAUUACCAAAAGCAAGCAACGAAAAACCUGCUCAGCGAUCUCUACAUCAAGAUGAUGCUGAUGAGGAAGAUGAAAGUGUUAAGCAACUCGAGGAAUGUUCUGUUCUCUAUUUGACUUUACAGGAUUGUCUAGUUGAAAAAAACAGAAACUGGAAAGCUUGUCAAGUGGAAGUUCAAGCUUUGAAAGCAUGUCAUGAGAGGAAGAACAAUAACAAGAAGAAGUGAAGUUACUGAUUGGAAUUGUGUAGGUUUUUGGUGAUUUUUACUAGUUGUAGAGUCUUUGAUUCUUUCGGACAUUUUCAAUUACAGCACCCUUGUUAGAAGAACACUGAAUGCAGUAUGUUUAAAUUUUGUUUCAAUAAGACUGGUUUUCAGUCAUUGACAUACAACAACAAUUACUACAUGUACUGUUAACUGUUAAGAGCAGCAAUCAUUUCAGAAACCUGAAAA